UGAUAAAGGCGGGAUCCGGCGGCCGGAAGUGUUCCUCCACUACCUCCAAAGUUGCCCAGUGUUUGUCUGAAGGCGAGGGUGAGGCGAUGGCGGCUGCUGCGCUGGAGGACGGCGAGGUGCUGGACUCAGAGUCGGACUCUGAGAUGACGACCGGCGCUGAGCCGCAGAACCAGCAAUCUGCUCUUCCUAACUACUCUGCAACACCGUUUCCUGUGCAAAAUGAUUUUCAACCUCGUCCAACUUCAUUUGAUUUGAGCAGUUGCUACCGAGUCGCAGCAUCUGACAACUCGAGUGAAGACAGUGAGCAAGACUCCGAAGAAGAAGAAAGACUCUUGUGGCGAAAAAAACGGCAGAAAUGUUCACACAGUGGGAACGGUGUACCUCCAAAGCCAGCAAUGAUGCCUUUUGGCACAGUUGGAGAAAGUUUUGCAGCUUCUGGCAAUUCUGCCAAACCAGCAGGUCGCAAAAUUAACAAUAUUUGGGGUCGUGUGCUGCAGGAGCAGAAUCAAGAUGCUGUGGCAACAGAGUUAGGGAUUCUGGGAAUGGAAGGCAAUAUUGACAUGAAUUCUCGGCAGUCUGAGACUUACAAUUAUAUACAAGCAAAGAAAAUAAUGGAAAAACAACGUCAGGAGGAGGAAGAAAAGGAAAUGGCUAAAUUAGAAAAAGAAUUGGAUGAAUAUGUUCAGGAUGGAAAGAGCAGCAAAAGCCAGCAAGUAUCUAAUCCAGGCAACCUCAAGCGGAAAAGGCCUGUCAAAGAGAGGCUGGGUGAAAGACUUGAAAUGGACUAUAAAGGAAAAUGUGAUAUUACAGAAGAUGAUAGUCCAGAUAAGAUUUCUGAUGAAAUAGCUUACAGACUCCGAGAGCCAAAAGCUGCCCUGAUUCAUAGGGUUGUGAAAGCUGUUGGGAAGAAGAAAGCAAUAGAACUCUUGAUGCAAACAGCUGAGGUCGAACAGAAUGGCGGACUCAUGAUUGUUGAUGGCAGUCGCAGAAGAACACCAGGUGGAGUUUACCUACAGUUGUUGAAAAAUAUGCCAAGUAUCACUCAAGAUCAGCUAAAGGAGAUAUUUUAUGAUGAAAAUCAAAGGGAAUAUAAUUCCAAAAAGGCAGCUAAAAAAAGGAGGCGUCACAUAAUUGGAAAAAAGAUGAAACAGGCAAUUAAGGAGCUGAAUUUGCAAGUGGAUGAUGAUGCAUCACGAGAGACAUUUGCUAGUGACACAAAUGAUGCCUUGGCUUCUGUUGAAGAUACAGAAGAAGUUCAGAUGGAAAAGUCAACAUUAGAUCCAGAAGAUGCAAUUGAACUUGAUAAUAGUAACGAUCUGGAAAUUUUUUGAAUAAUACUAAAAACGCUAAUAUUACUACAAAACAAAUGUAAUCAAUAUUCCUCUUGCUGAUCUAAUUGAAAUUUUCAUUUGAAAUAUGUGUUACAUUUAACACACCCCUUCAUAGUUUCAAUUUUGAAUCUUUAUGGUGGUGAUUGUUUGUCAACUUGUGAAUUAGUGUUUUCACUGUUUCAAUCUAAAAUUAUUAAAGAUAAUAGCAUAAAGCCACACAUUCAUAUUAGCAAAGGAAGGUUACAACAGUUUAUUUCCCAUCAAUAUUCUGUAAAUUUAUUUUGGUGCACGUCAACUAUUUCAGAGAACUUUUUAAUGAAUUAAAUGCAGAUAUUCUUUGCUGCU